AUGGUUAAACACAAUGUACAUCUAGAGGUGCGAACAGACAAGGGCAAGCUACGUGUCCACAUCAAGAAGGUCAGACCUGCGCGAUUGCGACGUGACAGCAAAGGGAGAUACAUCAGGAACAAAGGACAGAAGAAGUACAUCAACUCACGCAAGUCUGAUUUGGAGCUGAUCAAGAAGUUGAUUGCCGAGGCACGAUCAGUUGGUAAGACAGUUCAUCCAGUCAGCAGUGGUCCAGCUAUCAGUACUAACGAGGCUGCAUACAUCAAAUCAAUACAGGACUCCAAUUACAGAGAGGCACUGUUGAAGAAUGCAAAGGACUUGGAACAACAAACCAGAGCAAAGAUUGAUGCGAUCCAGGUGCCAGCACCACAGUUGGCGUUGCCAGCACCUAUCGUUCCUUUGGCAAUACAAGGACCAGCACCUGAACCCAUUGAGCAAGAUAUACCACAAGCAUAUGUCGAACAACAGGACCGGGCGAACGAACUCAAUAGAGUGACACAUGGCAUGGUCAAGAACAUACAGGGCGCACUCAAUCAACGUCUACAGGAGGACCUCCAGCGAUUCGAGUUGGACAAACAACACAGAGAGCAGUUGUUGCAGGCCAAGGAACAACGUCGACAAGAGAAGAUUGAGUAUGAACGAUCAAUGACACAACAUCAAAUUGAUGUCCUCAACAGUCAGAAGGAGAUUCUUGCACGACUACCUAUAUGGCCAGGUGAAAAGCAGGUAGAGGUUGAGAAAGAGAAGGAAGACAUCAACAUUGGUAUUCACCUACUACAAGCACAACAGGAACAGAGAGAACUCGAAGCACAGAUCAAGAUUGAAAAAGAUAAAGAAGCGGUCGAGAGGAUCAAUACAAUGGAGGAGAAGAGUCUACAACGAAUGGCUGAUGUAUCAACACCAGCAAGUCCUCUCAAGAAGAACUGGCCUGCUGAGCACAAGGCGAGUGUCGGUAGAGAGAUUGAUACCAAGAAGAAGAUGACAGGUAUGGACCCAACGACAGAGGAGUUCAGUGACUUGCGAGAGAAGCUGUUCACUGAGGAGGCCAAGCGACAGACCAUGCCCACUAACAACAAGGCAUACGAUCCAGCACUCGCAGCAAAGUACAAGGGCAAGGCAGACAAAGCAUUGGAGAAUGGUGAUGAUAAUAGAGCCAACAGGUACAUGGACAUGUUGACAGCGGAACAGCGCAAGAGGCCAAAGACAACGAGCAAGAUACCAAUGCGAACAACAACAUCACCAAUACCAAAAGUCAAAGAGGAGCAGUCAUCACCUUACGCAUCACCUCCACUCACAUCGACACCAGUCAUGCCAACAACCAGUCUCAAGUCACUUAAGAAAGUACCAGAAUCAAUCUCACCAAAGGUAGCAGCGAGUGUACAGAGUCAUUUAGCUUCAGACAAACCGAUUGCCAACCUCAACUAUCAACUGAUCAAGGACAUGAAGGAUACACCAAUUGACAAACGUGGAAUCAUUAUGAAGGAUAUACUCACAGAGACAGAGAAGGCAAGGAUGAUACAAGCAUUACCAUCAUUAAAGAUUGUGUCAGCAGCAGCACAGCCGACAGUGUUGUCAUUGUUACAACAGUACUUUGAUGGUGAUCUUGGUACCAAACAACUACAACAAGAGAUGACCAAGGCGCUCAAGAAGGAGAAGAACAAGUUCACUCUUCACGACAGCAUUAUCAACGAGGCACAUCAGUUGCAUAAGAAGUUACAGAUUGGUCAUGGUCGCGAUGACAACAAAGGACUGUAUGAUUAUGAGAUUGAGAAGUUGAUGGAGCCAUAUCAUAAGGAUGGAUUCGAGGGCGUGAUUGCCAGUGAUGAGUUAGAUACAUUGAAGCCAAUGGACCGUAUGUCGUUUAUAAUGAAUCUGGACAAGUCCAAUCAACCUGGAUCGCAUUGGGUCAUCUUGCGCCCUCUGCUCAGCAAAAACGGCAUCAACCGAGCGAAUGGUGUAUUGAACAUAUCUAUAUUGUCAACUGCUCUGACCAUGAUGUGUCCAUUGACUGUUGGUGUUAUCCGAUCCAUAGAGUAG